CUCUCGUCUGGACCGCGAUCGAUCAUGUUGUCGUCCUUGGACAAACUGGUGGCCUGGGUGCUGACCGGCUUCUUGGCGAUCCUCACCAUCUUCUUCAACAUGUACCUGCUUCUGAUCAACCAGAGGAACUACCGGAAGAGCGCCAAGCACCGCCUGAACCCGGCCGACUUCAUCAUCACGGCCAUCUCCAUUGCCAGCAUCUCCCUGCAGGUUCUGACGUACCUAUGGCAGACGCUGGAUGUGAUCGACACGGUGUGCCGCAUCAGCCUGGCGGCGGCCAUCCUGCUGGUGCUCAUCUUCAGCGUCAAGUUCAUCAUCUUCUGGAGCACGGCGUUCCUGACCUUCUACUACGGCACUAAACUGGUGGUGGAGCCCGUGCACUGCUACACGCGCAUCCAGGAGGCCAUUGUCAAGCACGUCCACACGGCCCUGGCGGUGAUCGCGGUGAGCGGCUUCGCCAACUGCGUCCCGCUGCUGAGCGUGCUGACCUACUACAACGGCACCAGCAGCGGGCUGAGCGACUGCGGCUCAAUCAUGCCCACCGACACCACCGGGCUCGCCUACGUCUUCUACUACGUGAUCGUCUCCGACAUCGUUCCGGGAAUCGUGAUGGUCAAAUGCAGCAUCUCCAUCUCGUACCACCUGGCCAAGCACCUGCUGGACAUGAAGGCCAGCAGCAACGGAGCCCACGGGCCCAAGCUCGGCACGCAGAUGCGGGUCAUCAAGAUGACGCUCAGCCUGGUGGUGGUGUACGCAAUCUUCCUGAUCGUGGACAUCUACACGCAGAUGACUGUGGUGCUGAUGAGGAACAACACGCUGGCCCUGACCAUCCUCUUCGCCAGCAUCUACACCGUGGUCAGCUCCUUCGUGCUGGUCUACGGGAAGAAAAGCUACUGGAAGGAGCUGAUCGCAUCCUAUAACCUGUUUUUAGACGAGUACCCUUGUUUGAGCAGCUUAAAGGUGGAAGAGGUCAAAACAGAACCGCACGAUCACAGCCACGGGCACAGCCACGGGCACUGA